GUACAUACGUACGUGACUCAGACAAUGCGCAGUGUCGCGUCUACGCAAUACCGGAAGCAAAUAAUUCAACUGAAGAGACAGCUACAGCUGUUAAAAAUAUCUGGCUAACGAGAAUACGACAAAAGAAACAGGUUGCUGUUGGCAUCCCUUGAAUGGAAGUGGAGAGGACCCGAGAGAUGGGUCCAGAGAGAGUACUGCCGAACUCCGAGGAGGAUCUGGUGCAGGACCGGCCUCUAGACACGGCUGUGCCAGACGAAUGGAGCGGAGAAGACAUGGAGGAGGAUGAAGGAGGUGCUGGAGACGACGACGAGGCGAAUGGCGGCUAUUAUUAUCAGCCUCUUAACCAAGACAUAGACGGGAUGAUCAACACACACGCAGAACCAGCAGAGGAAGGCACGACCGCCGAGCAGAUUCAAGACGUCCAGGAGAGAAUAGAGGCCAUGGGUCUGUUCCUACCCCAGCCUCCACCUCCUGACAGUGAUGAAGAGGAGGACCCCGAAGGAGCUGCUUCUGCCCGGAGGAGUCAGGCGUCCAUUCCUAUGGAAGAAGAUCACGUCGAGCUGGUGAAAAGGACCAUGGCUGCCAUCAAUUUGCCGACAUUGGGUAUCCCCACCUGGGCCCAGGACAUCUCUGAUGACCAGUGGAAGGAUAUGGUCCAGCAGACACUUCAGUCCAGACAAAGCUCUGCAGGCCUGAGACUGGAACGCAAGUGAUGAAACCGUUUCAAGAUCUUCAUCCACUACAAGACAUGCUGCAUAAACGUUAAAAAGAGCUCCUGACGUGCAGUCACUCUGAAGACUCUGAAUCCACCCCAUUAUGUAUGCCCCAUAAGCUUCAAAUCACAUAAACAAUUACACAGGAAUAUGGACUGACAUUUACGUUAAAAAAAAGACCACUAAAACAAUUUCAACCUUGUCUGUACUUGAGUUAUGCAGUGUUCAUCUUUUUAAGUUACUCCUAAAUCCUAUUCAGCUUUUGUUAAGUGGAACUAUCGGUUGCUUUUCUACAGCCAUAUAGAGAAAUAAUGGCACAUUAGUGAAGUGUUAGUCACAUUUAUCUGAUAAUUGUUAGACCAACACCUGUACAAUGAAUGAGCGGUCAUGCGUUUCACACAGCUUUAGCAAACAAAUGGACAUCUCAUCUUUUGUGUUCCUUUAUUUGUUCUGUACAUACAUGAACAUCUGUACAAAAUAUGACUUUCAUACUAUGUAAAGCUUAACCUAAUUAAAGUACAACAUAUGUACAUAUGACCUGGAAA